UUUUAAGCAAACGGAAAGUGGUACUGAGGUAACGAUGUAUUGUAUGUAAUCCGUACUUGCCUUUUAAUUGUUUCCUGGAGCUGCACCUACCCUGACAAUCGGUACGUAACGGCCGGGUAGCUGAAUGUACGUGGCUCGUGCACGACGUCAGGUACAUGACUGGCAGCCUCAGGUGCUCCUUCCGAACAAGUAACCCGUAACAUUUGGAAAGGGAUCACCAUAUUUCGUACACACGUCCACUUUCCUCCUAGAAAUUCUUAUUACCACAGAUUAACCACCUGCACCUUCUCUACUCUUUCACCCACAUUUGUACAAUACUUGACCUCAUCCACCGUGCCUACUUGAACGGCGUCGCCAUUGACGUCUGCACGCGUGUUUCCCUCUAUUUACUCUCUUCCCCUACAUAAUCAAUCCCUGGAGGUCUCUUCUGCUAAUUUAGCACCUAAUACCUUCCUUUCCACCCCUUUCCUGUACACAUUUACCUAGCCUCAGCUCAUUCACGAUCGCGUUCCUCGGACAAAAUCGUUGUUGGGCUGACCUAGGCGCACUGUUUAUGGGAUAGCUACCCAGUUUUCGACAAUCUCUAUUUCAAUACCGCGUUUGCGCUUCACCAUUGCCGUCUUUACCAACCCAUGUGAUCUGGAAUCAUGGCUCCGUUACCUAUUAAGUUCCAGGAGCUGUUGACGCUCGGCAAUGUCGGCGUUGAUCAGAGCGCCGUUGGGUUCAACUCCUGCACCUUAGAAUCCGAUGCCUUCAUUUGCAUAAGAGAAAAGAAGAGCGAGACAGCGCAACCCGAAGUCGUCAUCAUUGAUCUUAAGCAAGGGAACAGUGUGACACGCCGACCCAUCAAGGCUGACAGUGCUAUCAUGCACUGGUCAAAGCAGAUCAUCGCCCUCCGAGCACAAUCGAGAACACUACAAAUUUUCGAUCUAGAGAAGAAAGCAAAGCUGAAGUCUGCUACGAUGAACGAAGAUGUCGUCUUCUGGAAGUGGGUUAGCGAAUCGACCCUAGGUUUGGUCACGGAGACCUCAGUAUUUCACUGGGAUAUCUAUGAUAACAGUCAAGCUGCUCCUGUCGAAGUCUUCAAGCGCAAUGCCAACUUGAACGGAUGCCAAAUUAUAAACUAUCGAACUAAUAGUGAUGGCAAAUGGAUGGCCGUUGUUGGUAUUUCUCAGCAGGCAGGUCGUGUAGUCGGCAGUUUACAACUGUAUUCCAAGGACAGAGGCAUUAGCCAAGCGAUCGAAGGUCACGCAGCCACAUUUGGUACUCUUAGGAUAGAAGGCGAGCCCGCAGAUACCAAGGUAUUCUCUUUCGCAGUUCGUACCGCCACGGGGGCUAAGCUGCACAUCGUCGAAAUCGAUCACCCCGAGGGCAACAAGCCUUUCCAAAAGAAGGCUGUUGACAUCUUCUUCCCUCCCGAAGCCACGAACGAUUUCCCUGUUGCUAUGCAAGUUUCUCAGAAAUACGGCAUUGUCUACAUGGUAACAAAAUACGGAUUCAUCCACCUCUAUGAUUUGGAGACUGGUAGCACCAUCUUCAUGAACCGAAUUUCGAGCGAGACUAUCUUUACGACGUGUGCCGAUUCCGAAUCGACCGGUAUUCUAGGCAUCAACAGGAAGGGACAAGUGCUUUUUGUUUCAGUUGAUGAGACAACUAUAAUUAACUAUCUCCUUCAAAACCCGGCAAACACUGAGAUUGCCAUCAAGAUGGCUUCCCGAGCUGGACUUCCCGGUGCGGAUCAGCUCUAUGUACGCCAGUUCGACCAGCUAUUCAACUCGGGCGAUUACGAUGGUGCCGCAAGGGUCGCUGCCAACUCUCCUCGGGGCUUCUUACGAACUACCGAAACAAUCAACAAAUUCAAGAACCUCCCAGCGCCUCCCGGUAAAAUGUCCUAUAUCCUUCAAUACUUCGGAAUGCUUCUUGACAAGACUACCCCUUUGAAUAAGACUGAGACUCUUGAACUUGCGGUGCCUGUACUAUCUCAAAACCGAAAGCAUCUCCUCGAAAAAUGGGCGAAGGAAGGCAAGCUGGACUUUUCCGAGGAGCUUGGUGACUUAAUUCGACCACAUGAUGUCACUUUGGCAUUAGCAGUCUACCUAAAAGCUAAUGCUCCUCACAAAGUCGUUGCCUCAUUUGCCGAGCUAGGCCAGUUCGACAAGAUCCUGCCCUACUGUGACCAGACUGGUUACCAGCCGGACUGGAUUACCCUGUUGCAGCAUAUCGUUCGCGUUAACCCAGAGCGUGGUGCAGAAUUCGCAACCUCCCUAGCCAGUCACCAAGGUGGAUCGUUGAUUGAUAUCGAGCGUGUGGUUGAUGUCUUCCAAUCACAAGGCAUGGUUCAACAAGCUACGGCAUUCCUACUUGAGGCGCUCAAGGAGAACAAGCCGGAGCAUGGCCACUUACAAACUAGGCUUCUUGAAAUGAACUUGAUGAAUGCACCUCAGGUAGCAGAUGCGAUCUUGGGCAACAAUCUAUUCUCGCAUUUCGACAAGGCUCGCAUUGGAAGCUUGUGUGAGCAAACCGGAUUGUACCAAAAGGCGCUGGAGCUCUAUGAGGACCCGGCGGCUAUCAAGCGAGUCAUCGUUGGUAUCCCCGGCACUCCGAACUUCAGCGCGGACUGGCUGGUCAACUAUUUUGGCCAGCUUUCUGUAGAGCAGUCCUUGGAAUGCCUCGACGCUAUGAUGAAGGCCAAUAUCCGCCAAAACCUUCAAUCGGUGGUCCAAAUUGCGACCAAAUAUUCUGAACUCCUCGGUCCUACUAACUUGAUCGACCUAUUCGAGAAAUACAAGACCCAUGAGGGUCUCUUCUUCUAUCUCGGAAGCAUCGUCAAUCUUUCCCAAGACCCAGACGUCCACUUCAAGUAUAUUGAAGCAGCCACCAAGAUGGGCCAGUUCAACGAAGUCGAGAGAAUUUGCCGAGACAGCAAUUUCUACAACCCAGAAAAGGUCAAGAACUUCCUCAAAGAAGCUAAACUUGCUGAGAUGCUCCCGUUGAUCAUUGUCUGCGAUAAACACAAUUUCGUCCACGACUUAAUCCUCUACUUGUAUCAGAACCAACGAUUCAAUGCAAUUGAGGUUUACGUGCAGCGUGUUAACCCGGGCAGGACUCCUGAAGUCAUUGGUGGCCUACUUGACGUUGACUGCGACGAGUCUGUGAUCAAGAAUCUCCUCACCACUAUCAACCCUGCGUCAAUCCCCAUUGAUGCACUAGUGCAAGAGGUAGAAACCCGUAACCGUCUAAAGCUAUUGUUGCCAUUCCUAGAGGCUACUUUGGCCGCUGGCAACCAACAACAGGCAGUUUUCAAUGCUCUCGCCAAGAUCUAUAUCGACUCUAACAACAACCCGGAGAAAUUCCUCAAGGAGAACGACCAGUAUGAUACUUUGAGUGUCGGUAAAUACUGCGAGAAGCGAGACCCGAACUUGGCGUUUAUCGCGUACCAGAAGGGCCAGAACGAUUUGGAAUUGAUCAACAUCACAAACGAAAACUCCAUGUAUCGUGCCCAAGCUCGCUACGUCUUGGAACGCUCCGAUCGUGAGCUAUGGACAUUCGUCUUGAGCGAAAACAACAUUCAUCGUAGGUCAGUUAUUGACCAGGUUGUUGCGACGGCCGUCCCUGAAUGCAGCGACCCUGCAAAGGUCUCUGAGGCUGUCGCAUCAUUCUUAGCUUCCGAUCUUCCGGGCGAGCUUAUCGAACUCCUAGAAAAGAUAGUCUUGGAGCCAUCGCCCUUUAAUGACAACCCAAGUCUCCAGAACCUCCUCAUCCUCACUGCUGCGAGAGCGGAUAAGGGUAGAGUUAUGGACUAUAUCCACCGCCUCGACUCGUUCAACCCCGACGAAUGCGCGCAGCUAUGUAUCGACGUCGGUCUCCAUGAAGAGGCUUUCGAGAUCUACAAGAAGGUUGGUAACAAGACGGCAGCUGUUGAAGUCUUGGUAGAGCACGUUGUUAGUAUCGACCGCGCUAGCGCAUUCGCCGAAGAUGUCGAUGUUCCGGAGGUUUGGAGCAGAGUUGCCAAGGCCCAGCUUGACGGUCUGCGCGUGGCAGAUGCCAUUGAGUCCUAUAUCAGGGCUGGUGAUCCUCGCAACUACCUCGAAGUCAUUGAGGUCGCGACCCAUGCUGGAAAGGACGAAGAACUAGUCAAGUAUCUCCGUAUGGCGCGCAAGACUCUCCGUGAACCUCCGAUCGAUACCGGCCUUGCCUUCUGUUACGCCCGACUGGAUCAGCUAGGAGAGUUAGAGGACUUCCUCCGAGGUACUAAUGUCGCCAAUAUCGAAGAGUCUGGUGAUAAAGCCGCUGAGGAAGGCUUUCACAAGGCCGCGAAGAUCUUCUACACUAGUAUCUCUAACUGGUCUAAGCUUGCUACUACACUUGUGCAUCUUGAAGAUUAUCAGGCGGCUGUUGAAUGCGCGCGCAAGGCCAACAACAUCAAGGUCUGGAACCAAGUCCAUUCGGCAUGUGUUGCCAAGAAGGAAUUCCGACUUGCGAAGAUCUGUGGUCUCAACUUGAUUGUCGAUGCUGAGCAAUUGCAAACUCUUGUCAAGCAAUACGAAUCCGAAGGCUUCUUCGACGAGCUUAUUGACCUCCUCGAGCAAGGACUCGGCCUCGAACGUGCUCACAUGGGAAUGUUCACCGAGCUGGGUAUCGCACUUUCGAAGUAUCACCCCGAGAGGCUCAUGGAGCACAUCAAACUGUUCUGGAGUCGAAUGAACCUGCCCAAGUUGAUUCGUGCUUGCGAGGAUGCCAACCUAUGGCCCGAGCUAGUCUUCUGCUACUACCACUAUGACGAGUUCGACAAUGCCGCGCUUGCUGUAAUGGAGCGUGCGCAAAACUCGUGGGAGCACCAGCAGUUCAAGGACAUUGUUGUCAAGGUUGCUAACCUAGAGAUCUAUUACCGCGCCAUCAACUUUUACCUUGAACAACAUCCGUCUCUCUUGACUGAUCUCCUCCAGGUUCUCACCCCGCGCAUCGAUGUCAACCGGGUUGUUCGCAUGUUCCAAAAGUCGGAUAACUUACCGUUGAUCAAGCCCUUCUUACUCAACGUACAGAGCCAGAACAAGCGAACGGUGAACGACGCUAUUAACGAUCUCUUAAUCGAAGAGGAAGACUACAAGACUCUGCGAGACUCGGUGGAGAACUACGACAACUACGAUGCGGUUGAUCUUGCCUCUCGUCUGGAGAAGCACGAUCUUGUCUUCUUCAGACAGAUUGCUGCUAAUAUCUACCGUAAGACCAAGAGAUGGGAGAAGUCGAUCGCUUUAUCGAAGCAGGACAAGUUAUACAAGGACGCUAUUGAGACAGCUGCUAUUUCCGGCAAGUCCGAGGUUGUUGAGGAGCUCCUCCGUUACUUCGUCGACAUUGGUAGUCGCGAGUGCUAUGUUGGUAUGCUCUACGCAUGCUACGAUCUCAUCCGCCCCGACAUCGUACUGGAACUGUCGUGGCGUCACGGUCUAAACGACUUUACCAUGCCGUAUAUGAUCAAUCUUCUUUGCCAGCAGACCAAGGAAAUUGCAACGCUCAGGGCCGACAAUGAAGCACGAAAGGCUAAGGAGUCGGCCCAGGAGAAGCAUGAAGAUGAGACGCCCAUCCUUGGUGGCAACCGUCUCAUGAUUACCGCUGGACCUGCUUCCACUGGCGGAAGGGUCUCCCCAGCUCCUUUCGCGCAACCCAACGGCUUUGCACCUCAGGCUACGGGCUUCGGAUUCUAAAUGAUGCUAGGAUAAAAUUCUACGCCGUCAACCUUGCGCGGGUGUUUGAUACCCCUAAAUAAAUUCUGAACGUCUUAUUAACGAGCAUUCUACUUAAUGUCGCCAGUGACUCGAUCGAGGACGACGGGCGCGGUGGAUCCUUUGGAGUUCGUCAUAGAAAAAGUUGUGGAUUUUGCGAUAAUGUAACUUUGUCGGAAAAGGAUCUUGGCAGACACUAGGACUAUGAGAGCUGUCAAAGGAGCAGGAUUGCUUGUACUAGGUGCAGCACGAAAUCUGCUACUCGGAUUCUCUCCGCUAUGUCGGACGUCUGGCCACGAGAUUACGCUUAGCUGUAUUUGUAAGAUAGCACAAUGAGAGACCUCUUUGCUAACUAA